AUGAGCAGGAGCUCGCGGCCGGCGUCGGGCUCGGUGCUGGCACGCCACGCUCAGCUCAGAGGUGGAGCCUGGGCCGGCCGCUGUGUCCCCGCCCAGGCCCUCUGCCCGCCUGGCGUCCGGCUCACAGCCGGGGGACCCUGGGGCCUCGCUGAGGCCGCGCUGUCUCGCCAGCCCCUGGCCGACGGCUCCUCCAACCCGUCCCUGCACGAGACCCUGAAGCAGGUGGUGCUGCCCAGCCAGCUGGUGGAGGCCUCCCCGUCCAGCAGCCUGGGGAGCCUGAGCCAGGCCGAGAAGGACGACCGCAGCUCCGUGUCCAGCAUCCGCUCGGCCGCCAGCGACGACAGGUUCCUCAGGCGCACCUUCCUGCAGACCCCCGGCUUCCUGGAGACCCUGGCCUGUGAGGGGGUGGACCUGGACCUGUCCAUCUACAACCUUCACUUGAAAGACCUGCUGGGCCUGGACGCGGCGCUGAGGCGGGAGAGGCACCUGAUGUUUAUUCAGAUUUUUAAAAUGUGCCUCCUUGACCUUCUUCCUAAAAAGAAAUCGGAUGAUGACUUGUAUCAGAAGAUUCUGGCAAAACAAGAAAAUGAUCUGAAGGAGCUCGAGAAGGAACUCCAGGCCAAGCUGGCAAACGCAGAGGGGCUGGGCGCUGGCGACUCUGAGUACAUCGCGCUGGCCGACGUGGAGAGGCGGGAGCGGGACCACGCCGAGCAGCUGGCGGGCAGUAUGGAAGCGUUCUGGAGGCAGGUGGAGAACGUCCCGCUGUGUCUCGUGGACCAGGGCAAGUGUCCCGCCUCCAAAGCCCGGCAGCUGCUGGCGGCUCUGACGGAGAGGCUGGCCGUGGCCGAGGGGCUGCUCCGCCACUCUCAGGACCUGCAGGCUCUGGACAUCCUGGAGCGGACGAUGGGGCGCUUGCUCGUGGCCAGGAUGAUGGAGGCCCUGAAGCUUCAGGUGCAGGAGGAGACCAAGUGCCGCCUGGCCGCCCUGACGCGCAGCCUGCAGCUGCUGAGCGCGGAGGGCAGGCUCUCCGGGCUGCAGAGGGAGGACCUGCUGGCCCGGCAGCAGAAGGCCUUCUGGGGCGAGGCGGAGCGCUUCAGCCGGGGCGUGGUGUCCACGUGUCCAGGCCGGGAGCCGGCCGACCGGCCGCUUCGGGCUCUCGUGUCCCGGGGACGGGGCGGCUUCCUGGCGAUCACGCUGGCCGGCCCGACUCUGCCGCGGUGCGGAGUCACGGAAGCCAUGUGGCAGCCCGCGCCGCCGUCCCCUGGCGUCCGAGCCUUUCACGGGGUCCUGGAGAGGCAGAGGCUGAUGCGGGGCGACCUGGAGGAUGACGAGAGUGUCAGAACCGCCGAGGCCAUGGCUGCACUCUGCCAGCUCGUGAAGCCACCGGCGCUCAGCCCCACCCGCUUUCCUCCGAGGUCCACGCGGAGCGUCCUGCAGGCCCACGGCCUGCUCCUGCGCUCCGCCCUCCGGAGGCUGGCCCUCCGCGGCAGCGCCGUCACCGCCCUGACCCAGAUGAGGCUGUCCGGCAAGAAGGGCCUUCUGCAGGAGCUGCGGGAGCAGCGCGCGCUGGAGCAGGGCUCCUCCCAGUGUCUGGACGAGCACCAGUGGCAGCUGCUCAGGGCCCUGGUAAGGUUCCCGGCGGGGCGGCGCAGGCCUGCUGUUACAGGCCACAUCCUGCGGGUCCCCCGUGCCACCGGGAGAGUGCUGCUGGAGGCGGCGGUGGAGAGCGUGUACGUCACGGGCGAUGGCGCCCGCCGGCUGGCGCAGGCCUACGCCCAGCAGGUGCGGAGGGUGAUGCAGGCCCACGAGGAGAGGAGGCUGCGGCUCCCGGAGCCCCUGCUGCAGGGUAGGCCCACUGCCGCGGGGGCCGCCGGCACCGUGUGCGGGAGCGGGGUGCCUCUGCUGCUUGGUUGCAAUGUGGCGGUCACCAUUAGCGGUGUUUUACCUGUCACCUGCGUGGUCUCCAAAUGGAGCGAGUCCUGCGGCAGCGUCCCCCAGAGGAUGCUGGCGCAGCAGAAGAAGUUCCUGGCGCGGUUCACGGCCCACGGACGGGCGCGCCGGGACGCCUGGAAGCAGAAGGCCCGGGCGGCGGAGCAGCUGGAGGUCCAGCUGGAGGUCCAGCUGCAGCCCGGCCGGGGGGGCGGGCGUCCAGCUCUCUGGGAGAAAGGCCUGGCGGUGAAGCCCCUCCCGGCGAGCCAGAGUCCCGGCCAGACCGCAGCGCUGGCCCUGGGGCUCGCCCCUGGCAGGCAGAAGCGGCUAGACGCGCCCGCCUCCCCCUCGGGCCCCGCGCUCUCAUGGAAGACAGGCUCUGUGGGCUCCGUGGCCCGGAGUGAGCUGGACCUCCCGGCCAGGGUGAACCUGUGUUUUGCAGAGAAGUCCCUAAGGACCAAAAGAAAGAAGCCCCCGCCCCGGGAGAGAGGCGACCCCACGGGGCCGGACGACGAAGACCCGGCCGCCGGGCCCCAGCCCUCGGGGUCCCUCAGCAGCAAGAGGCCCGGCCACCCGGACAGCGAAGCCAGCGGCAGCGAGAAGCCCAAGAAGCUGCUGAAGAAAAGAAGCAACUUGUAAGCCGAGGCUGGUGCUAGGCUGUGCCUGCCCUCUGCGGUGUGGGCAGCACACGCCAGCCCCGGGGCUGGACCCGGGCUCCUCGCGCCCCCGGCCUGUGGGGGUGGAAAGAGGACGGAACGUGCCGGGGAAGCCUGGCUGGCGGGCGGCGGGCGCCCGAGGCUGCGGGGACCCUGGCCGGAGCCCAGGCUGUCUCCUGAAUUCCAGAGAUGGCCUCACACCGCCCGGUCGCUUCCUUCCAGGCCCCUGUGCCCCC